AUGAUGUCAAAUCCAAAAGAAAUUGAUAAGUCGAUCGCAACUGAUACUAUUAUAGCUGAAAUCAAUUCAUCUCGUAACGACGAACAAAUCGAUUCAAUUUCUUUCACUUCUGAAGAACUUCAAAAUACGAUUCGUAUUGAAGGUGAAAGUUCCAAUUCAACAAAUGAAUCAUAUGGCAGUAACAUAAUUGAAGAAUCUGAAUAUAAACCAGAUGUCUCUACAGAAUUUGUACCAGUUGUAAACAGUGUUUUCAAAUCACUAAAUUUGGCAGUAAAAAUGUAUACGGAUUAUGCAGAAAUGGCAGAGUUUGUAGUACGUGCAUCAAAAGCUAAAAUUGGUCCCACAAUGGCUCACAAAAUACGAGCAGUUUUGAAAAGAGGAUAUGAAUAUGUAAGGGCAAAGGUAACAGACUACAAAAACUUGAGGAGAGGAGUAAAUAGAAUCUUAUGUUACAAGGAUGCUCAAAUAAUGAAAAACAAAAUGAAUGAUCGUAGAGAUCAUUACCCAAAUUAUUCAUUUGAGUUCCUAGGUGAUGGAGAUCUAUUGGUUGCUAUGUUUUGGGAAGAUGAAAGAGAAAAGGCUUUUUAUGCAGAGUUUGGAGAAGUUAUAUCUUUUGAUGCAACUUUUAGAACACACAAGUAUAAAAUGGUAUCUGUUCCAUUGACAACAGUUGACCACCACAAGAAAUCAAUUACUGUUGGUGUUGGGUUGCUGAGUAGAGAGACAAUUGAGUCGUAUAAAUGGAUGCUUAUAGAUUUUCUUAGAGCUCAUGAACGGAAAGCACCAAAAAAUGUUCUAACUGAUCAAGAUGCAGAAAUAAAACAAGCAAUGGAAUCUGUCUUACCAAAUUCAAGACACAGACUAUGCAUGUGGCACAUAAUGAAAAAACUGCAAGCAAAGGUUACUGGCGAUUUAUUUAAAAACAAAGACUUCAAGAAAAGAUUUAACAAGCUAGUUUGGAACAUGCAUCUAAAACCUGAUGAAUUUGAAAAGAAGUGGGAUUUGAUUAUUAAUGAAUUCAAUCUGGAAGAUAAAGAUGGUUCAACGAUAUGUUUGAAUUACGUGACAAAUGGAUACCUGCAUACUUCAGUGACACAAGAAUCGAUUCAAAAACAAAGAAAUACACAACAUGAGCUUGAUCAUCAAACAAAGAAGGCGGUAGAAAUAAAACUUCCAACCAAUGAUGUAAAAUGUACUUGUGAACACUUCAACCACUUUCGGACUUUGUGCAGACAUGCAUUCAACAUACUCAUGAAACAUGGAAUUAAGGAGAUACAUGAACAGUACAUUAAGAAUCGUUGGAGAAAGGAUGUGAUAUCAAGGCAUUAUAAUUUUGGUAGACAUGUAUAUGAUAUAGGAGACAAUGAAAUUAACAAAUAUGUCAAUCAAGCAUACUACAACUUUGAAGCAUGUUUGGAAUACGUAAGAAAAAAUAAAGAAAAAAUGGAUUUGUUUGUUAAGAAAAUAGAAAGCAUGCUGAAGGAAUAUGAAAACGAUCCAACAAAUGAAUUGCAGAAGAAUAGGACAGAUGUUGAAGAGGUAGGAAAGCUUAUGGGCAUAUCUAUUCCAAAAGACAUUGAUAUCAAUGUUCCAAAUGUUCAAAGCAAUAAAGGAUGCGGAAAGAAAAGUAGAAUUCAAAGUGCAGCAGAAAUAGCGUAUGAAAAUUCAAACAAGCAAACAAGAAGAUGCUCAGGAUGUGGAGAAACGGCUCCUCAUAACUUGCGGAGAUGCCCAAUCAAACUUGCAGCAAAACAAUCAUCAAAAGCUACAUAG